CAUUUUAUUUUGAAGACUCGAACAAAGGUAUUGCAUUCCCGCCCUCUUCUUCGACUGCUCGGCAGCUUCAUCGUGAGGGCCAGGAAGUAAACCAUCGUGCUUUUAAAAUAAAACAAAUCCGAAUUUAUAAGUACGAAGAUGCUUUACUGAAGAAAAUGUCAUUGGCGUUAUUUAACUCAAUUAUACAAGUGAAUUCCAGCGAAGCAUCGUCUGUAAAACGCUUCAAGUGAGUCUGAGAUACAACAUGACCAAAUAAUCGAUAAAAAAUUAAGGGGCACCGGCCAGUGCGGAAGGUUCAGCCGAGAGCGGUGGAAGGAAGACCGGCUAGGGAAGCCUCUUCCCGUGGUGGGCGUGCACGCUUUCACCUCCAGCUUGUCAUCAGCUGGAUCGGAGCGGGACCAGAGUGGAGGCUCGCUCGGGGUAAGCCAAAGGUCUUCACGGCGGGUUCCCCGGAGGAGGUACCGGAGCUCGAAGCCUGAAUGAACGGGGAGUACCUGAACACGGUGGUGUGUGCGUGCGGGGUGGAGGUGGUGGUGGUGGUGGUGGUGGCGGCGGGGGAAGCUCUCUGCAGCAUCCGAGCGGGAGCACCGGCAGCAUGCCCCCGCGGUGAAACGAGCGUGCACGGAGCUUGAAUUGAUGGAAGAUUGCGGUCGUCGCUGGCCCGACAUCGUCGUGCACCACUCGUGUCCGGGAUGGGGAAGGAGCAGGAGCUGCUGGAGGCCGCCCGCACCGGGAACGUGGCCGUGGUGGAGAAGCUGCUGAGCGGCAAGAGGGGCUUGCUGGGCUCCGGCUCCGGUUCCAUUCCGCUGCCCAACCUGCUGAGCAUCUGGAAGGGCCUCAACGUCAACUGCACGGACAGCUCGGGAUACACGCCGCUGCAUCACGCCGCGCUCAACGGACACAGGGAGGUGGUGCUGAAGCUGCUCCGCUUCGAGGCCUCGGCCAACGUGGCCGACAGCAAGGGCUGCGUCCCCCUGCACUUGGCCGCCUGGCGGGGUGACGUGGACAUUGUGCGCAUCCUCAUCCGACACGGGCUUUCGCCCUGCCAAGUCAACCAGCAGAACCACGAGCGGGAGACGGCGCUUCACUGCGCGGCGCAGUACGGCCACUCGGAGGUGGUGUCGGUGCUGCUCCAGGAGCUGACGGACCCCACCAUGAGGAACAGCCGGCAGGAGACCCCCUUGGAUCUGGCGGCGCUCUAUGGACGCCUACAGGUGGUGUGCAUGCUGGUGAGCGCUCACCCCAACCUGAUGGUGGUGCGCGGGCGGCACCACACGCCGCUCCACCUGGCCGCGCGUAACGGACACCGCAGCACGGCGCAAACGCUGCUCGAGGCCGGGAUGGACGUCAACUGCGUGACGGAGAACGGCAGCGCCCUCCACGAGGCCGCCCUCUUCGGCAAGACGGACGUCGUUCGCCUUCUGCUCGACUCAGGGAUCGACACAAAUCUGAGAGACUGCCAGGGAAGAACAGCGUUGGACAUCCUCAAAGAACACCCUGCGGUGAAAUCUCAGCAGAUCACCGCUCUUAUCCAGGAAUAUGUGACGGAGGAGACGGAGCGCCAUAGCAUGGAGGAGGAGCCCGUCCGUAGCAUGGAGGAGGAGCCCGUCCGCAAGUGUCCCGUCCCGGCGCCGCGAACCUCCAUCUCCUCGCCCUCGGCCUCGCCCUCCCUCGGGCACAAGAACGAUGCGGUGACCAGCGAACUGUCCAAGCUGCUACACGAGAUCAAAAAGUGUCGCGACUACUCUUUCGAGGAGCUGUGCCACACCAUCUCCUCGCACUCCAUGGACAGCUUCGGCAGCGGGCGUCUGUCGGACGAAGAGCGAGCAGACGCGCCUGACUGCACCCUGACCCGCGCCGGCCAGCAUCCGAGCCUGCCCCCCGCCGCGACCCCCGAGGACGACGACGAGCGGGACGAGAGGAGUUGCGGCCCCGCCGGAUUCUGGGAGGCUUUGACCCCCUGCAACGGCUGCCACAACCUGGGCUUCUCCAACCUGUCGCAGGAUCACAAACGUUCGGGAGAGUCGCCGGCCUCGCCGUCGCUGGACGUGUUCCCGCCCGAGGACGAGGACAAUCCCUACGAGUUGGUGACCACCGCCGUCACGCGCAAGCCCUGCUCGCUGGACGUGGGCCAGCGUUCCGACGCCCCGCCCCGUAACGGUCACUUGUCCCAUGGAGCCAGCCAGAGGGGGGGCGGUGACCAUGGCAACCACUCCACGGGCCCCACUCCAGACUGUUCGCCCCCCUCCCCUGACACAGCCCUGAAGAACAUCGAAAGAGUCAUCCGCCCACAGCCCAAACAGCGCACGUCGUUGUCGUCCUCCCUGGACGUCCAGCGGCCCGUCAACCACAGCUGCGAGCCCAGUGAGGUCAGUUCGUCCCUGGGCUACGCCAGCUUCAGCACCAGCCCCCCGGCCAGCCCCCCGCUCAGCCCCAGCCAGGACCGGGACUCCAACGACGGGUCCAACGACGAGCGUACGCCGGCAGACGACGGGCCUUAUCAUCGCGACCCGCCGCUAGAAGAUCGGCGGAAGAGUCGCAUCCCGGAGGAGUUCGCCGGCCUCCUCCACGGGUCCUCCCCGGCCUGCGAGACCCCGGAGACGCCGUACCACCUCUACAGCCCCAAACCUCGUAAGCACGCUUCGACGAGCCUGCAGCCGCCCGACGCGAAGGACGCAUCGGCGACUCAGAAGCCCCAGGUGGUCUAUCGGACCGUAUUCCACACGAGAGUCAACCAGGACCUGGAGCGAGGAGUUGACUCGCAACGCGGGACCAACGGCAAGGUCGCCGAGUGCGACGGAGGGAGCGUGCCCAAAGGCCCUGGCUACGAGGAGAGGGCCUGCACUCUGGGCAGGAUGAGGUCCAUGCCCCGGCCCGUGCUGGACCUGCAGCUCUCCAAGUCCCUAUCCAAGUCCGACUCAAACCUAGUCGCCGUGUCGCCCAUACAGGAGGAAAACAUUUGGGAGUCUGCAUCACGGGGCCAAGACUUAGGGAGUUCGGGUGCAGGUGGCGACGGAACCACUCCGGCAGGAAAACUGGAAAGAACACCCUCGUUUACUGCCGAGUGGGAGGAGAUCGACAAGAUUAUGAGCUCCAUCGGGGCCGGAAUCGGCAGCGGGCUGGAUGUGAAAGACCGCGACUCAGGUCCACGAUGCCCGCUGCAGUCGGUGGGCCAGUGGCUGGACUCCAUCGGCCUGGUCCAGUACGAGAACCACCUGCUGGCCAACGGCUUCGACAACGUGCAGUUCAUGGGCAGCAACGUGGUGGAGGACCAGGACCUGCUGGAAAUCGGCAUCCUCAACUCGGCCCACAGACAGCGCCUCCUGCAGGCCAUUCGGCUCCUACCCAGGGUGAGACCAAUCGGAUACGAUGGCAACAACCCGACGUCGGUGGCCGAGUGGCUGGAGUCGCUGGAGCUGGGCGACUACACCAAGUCCUUCUUGGUCAACGGCUACACGUCCAUGGAGCUGGUCAAGAAGAUCUGGGAGAUCGAGCUCAUCAACGUUUUGAAGAUUAGUCUGAUCGGGCACCGCAAACGAAUCUUGGCCUCGUUGGGGGACCGGCUCCACGAGGACACGCCCCAGAAGCCCCCGCGGGCCGUCUCCCUCCGGGAGCCCGGCGGCAACCACACUCCCCCCCAGCUCAGCCCGGCGGUGGGCCCAGCGGCGUACGCGGCGGCAGGGGUCCCGGGCGGCUCCUUGGACGUGCAGCACCUCAUCAUGCAGGCGGACGCGCGGCGGCGCCAGCGCAGCAACGACAACUACUUCGACGACGUGCCGAGAUCCAAACUGGAGCGGCAGAUGGCCCAAGUCAGCAUGGCGGGCGAGUGGUGCGAGCCCAUCACGUUGCGGCCGCCAAACGAGGCCACCUCGUCCACGCCCGUUCAGUACUGGCAGCACCACCCCGAGAAGCUCAUCUUCCAGUCGUGCGACUACGAAGCUUACUACCUGGGCUCCAUGCUGGUGAAGGAGCUGAGGGGCACCGAGUCGACGCACGACGCCUGCGCCAAGAUGAGGAAGUCGACGGAGCAGAUGAAGAAGGUGCCCACCAUCAUCCUCUCCGUGUCCUACAAGGGAGUCAAGUUCAUCGACGCCACCAAUAAGAACGUCAUCGCCGAGCACGAGAUCCGCAACAUCUCGUGCGCCGCUCAGGAUCCCGAGGACCUGUCCACCUUCGCCUACAUCACCAAAGACCUCAAGUCCAGCCACCACUACUGCCACGUCUUCACCGCCUUCGAUGUGAACCUGGCCUACGAGAUCAUCCUGACGCUGGGGCAGGCCUUCGAGGUGGCCUACCAGCUGGCGCUGCAGGCGCGCAAGAGCGGCCACGGCUCGUCCACGCUGCCCGAGAGCUUCGACAGCAAGCCCGGCAAGCCCGUGCCCAAGCCGCGCGGCCUCAACAUCCGCAAAUCCGUCAUCAUGUCGCCCUCGGGCCGCUGGUCACUGGGCCACAUUUACACCCCCCACCGGCCUCCUCUCCACCCUCCUCCUCUUCCUCCCUCCCGAUUCUUCCAUCUCGCUCAGUCGCAGAUGGAGCAGGCGUCCAUGGAGCAGAAGGGCCACGCCAACGUGCCGUGGAUAGUGGAGCCGGCUCAGGAGGCCAAGAGAGGAGUCAACACCAAGGCAGUGGCGGACGCUCAUGUCUUUUACUGUGGAAAUCAAAGAAUGUAGCCAGCCAUAAACACACGGACCUUGUCAGGCGUAACACGCACGCUCUUUACAAAGGACUACAAAUAUGGACUCCCUCGCAAAACCCCCACCCCGCCCCCUCUCUGUUCCGCGUUUAAGCUUGACUGCUAUGUCCGGACCAGCGCGCGCGCACACACACAAAACGGGGGACUGAAUGAUGUGCUCCAACAUUUUUUUUUUUUUUUUUUUGAGGGGAAGGUUACCAUGGAGAUGGACUUAUGGGCAUGUGUAUUUUUUUAUUUUUUAUUAUUAUCAUAAUUUGGACUAAUUCUUCUGCUAUGAUGUUUAAUACAGUAUGAGAGAAUUAAAAGACCACUCUAAUGAUUUUGUGCAAUUCUUAUCAUGUCACAUUAUUUUUCUACGCGUUUGAGAUUGCUGGCCGCCCCCCUCCUCCUUUAAAAAACAAAUACACAAAAGGAAGCGUGAAUGUGCAGACCUCCGUCCCACCUCUCCGGACUUUGUUCUACUACUGUACGUAUAAGAUCCAAGGCUCUGAAAUGUACAUAAAUAUUUUGCCAACUCAUUGUUGAUAGCUGUAAUGUAAAAGAUGGACCGAGCGUUUGUGGCAAUGGAAACAAAAGCUAAACAAAGACAAAAAGGAAGACACGUGCUAGAUGAUUCUAUAGGUAAUGUAUUUGGAGUGACAUUCAUGUAUAUAGGCUUGGAGCUUCCAGCACGCUGAUUUUUGUAAUUUUAUGCCAUUAUUUAUAACCCUGUAAAGCACACAUGGAAUAAAAUAUGACCUGUACAACCAUGA